AUGCGUUACAGCUAUACCGUAAAAUACACCCCCGGAAAAUCCUUGGUACUGGCCGAUGCUCUAUCUCGCAACCCAGAAAAAAGAAACGCGAAUACCAAUGUAAUCGAACAGGACACUUCUGAUUUUGUAUUGGCCACUAUCAAGAGCCUUCCAGCCUCAAAUGACAUGUUGCAUAAAGUCCGCGAAGAACAAGGAAAAGACGCAAUUUGUCAGUUACUAAAAAAGUUCUGCGCAACCAAAUGGCCGUCGAAAAAUCAGAUCCCGACCGAGUUGAAAGAGUACGCGCCACUCAAACACCACUUCUCGAUCGGCGACGAUCUCCUACUGUACAACAGCCGUUUGGUAGUUCCGCGCAGGCUCCAAAAAGAAUUAUUACUUCGCCUACACGAGGGCCAUUUAGGUAUCACGAGGUGCAGAGACAGAGCAAAACAAGCCGUUUGGUGGCUGGGUCUAUCGACGCAACUAAAAAACCUAAUACUCAACUGCCCAAAUUGUGUAGAGCAUCGAGUUAACCCGAGCCAACCCUUCAUACAGGAAGAUUUCCCGGCCAGACCGUGGCAGAAAAUAGGCAUAGAUCUCUUUAAACUAGACUAUUGGUACGUUAUUAUCACCGACUACUACUCGCGAUACUUCGAGUUUUUCCGUCUCGGAUCGUUAAGUUCGAAAGCGAUCAUAGAGGUUUGUAAGGAAGCGUUUUCAAGGUAUGGUUUGCCGGAUAUCGUUCGUUCGGACAACGGUCCACAGUUCACGUCCGAAUUUAAGCUGUUCGCCGACCAAUACGGAUUUCUAUCGGUGACAAGCUCACCUCACUUCCCGCAAAGCAACGGAGCGGUAGAAGCAGCGGUAAAAACAGCAAAAAACUUAAUAAAAAAGUCCAAGGACGACGAUAUCCACCUAGCCCUGCUUGCAUAUAGAAGCACACCCCUGGAAAACGGUUUCAGCCCCGCAGAAUUAUUUUUGUCAAGACGGAUUAAAUCGAGCAUUCCAACGCUGCCAAGCAGGCUUCUACCAGCUGUCAGCGUUACAAAAAAGCUCAAAGGCGACGAGGCAGCUCGAAAAAUGCGGCAAGCUCGUAAUUUUAACUCUAGACACCGCGCCGUUGAAUUAUCUCCACUCAAAGCAGGAGACCCAGUUUGGAUUAUCGAUCUCAGGACGUAUGGAAAAAUACAAAGCCCUUCAGGCGAGCCUAGAUCCUAUUGGGUACUAACAAGCAACGGAAGGAUCCGACGUAACCGUUUUCACCUCGUACCGGCGCCAUAUAAAAAAUUUGAUCCGAGUUCAAGUAACUACAGUCCUGGGGUAGUCGACGAUCCAAGCUCCGGUCCAUCUUUAGUCAAUAAGGGUAGAAGGGUAGAGGAAGCAGAACAAAACAGUAUUCGCCCUAAGGUAGAAAAUAUGCCUCCCAAAACAGCGACCUCGGAUAAGGCUCAAGACGACGAAUCCGGGGCGAGUAGCGCGACGGAGGACGACAAUCCCGUCGAAACCGUAACCGAGCCACCAAGCGAAAUAACCCGAUCGGAAACCACGUCUAGACCUCAGAGGCAAACGAAUAGACCGUCGUGGUGGAAAGAUUAUUGGACCCCGUCCUAG